AUGUCAACAGAAGAACCACGAUGGCGAAAAGUCCAUUCAUUCACUGGUGUAAUUCCUCGCUCCAGACACGGACACCGGGCAGUAGCCAUCCGGGAGCUGAUCGUAGUUUUUGGGGGUGGAAACGAAGGCAUAGCUGAGGACCUCCAUGUUUACAACACUGUCUCCAAGCAAUGGUUUCUGCCUGCGGUGAGAGGAGACAUCCCCCCUGGCUGUGCUGCCCACGGCUUAGUCUGCGAGGGCACCCGCAUCCUCAUCUUUGGCGGCAUGGUGGAGUAUGGCAAAUACUCCAAUAAUCUCUAUGAACUUCAGGCUGGUCGGUGGCUUUGGAAGAAGCUGAAGCCCCGAGCGCCCAGGAACGGCCUGCCUCCGUGCCCACGUAUGGGGCACAGCUUCACUCUUGUGGGUAACAAGUGCUACGUGUUUGGGGGGCUGGCCAAUGUCAGCGAGGACCCCAACGGCAACAUCCCACGAUACUUGGACGACUUUUACGAGUUGGAGCUGCAGUCUGUAUCCGGGGCGAGAUGCUGGAACGUCGUGGAGACAAAAGGAGGCGGUCCUUCACCACGGGAGUCGCACACGGCAGUCGCCUACUCCGGUCUCGGCUCUCCGAAGCUCUUUAUCUUCGGAGGGAUGCAAGGCUGUAGAUUAGAUGACCUCUGGGAGCUUGACCUCAACACAAUGGCGUGGUCAUUACUUGAAACGAAGGGUUCGGCGCCACUACCCAGGAGCCUUCACUCUGCCAAUGUGAUUGGAAACAGAAUGUUCGUAUUUGGCGGCUGGAUUCCAGUUCCCGAGUCGGAGAAGCACAACGCAGCAGGAAUUAAGUGGAUUUGCACCAACUCCCUGAGUGUGCUUCAUUUUGACACUAUGAGCUGGCAGAACCUGGACCCCGAGUACGACGACAUCAGCUCUCAACUGCAGAGCCGCGACGUUCAGAGCGACGACGACAACACCGGCCGGCCCAAAGCUAGAGCCGGCCACUGCGCCGCCGUCGUCGGAUCCAGGCUCUACAUUUGGAGCGGCAGGGAUGGGUACCAUAAGAAGUUCUACCAAGUUUGCUGCAAGGACCUUUGGUACCUGGAGACAGAUCGACCGGCCCCGGCCGAUGCCGUGAUGCUCAUCAAAUCCACCGUCAGCAUGCUUCACGUGGCGUGGCGCCCCCUAUCUGGAGCAGACUGCUACAUCCUUCAGAUUCAGCCCACCUGCCUCGCGGGGGACCAUCCUCAAGUCAAACAAGUUGACUCGGCCUCAACAGAAGGAGACGGCAAAGAUAAAGAUUUCCAGUCCUCCCACGGUGCAAGUGAAUGCAACACUGAAGAAGAAGGGAACACGUCGGCACAGGAUGGUUCCAAGCGGCACGACAAUCAGACAAAAUCAUCCCAAGAUGAUUCGUCAGGAUCUCAGCAGGCUGAGAAGACAACAGAUCAGAAUGCAGAGGGAGCCACGUGGUUUGAUGUUGGCGUGUUCAGAACUCUCUUCUCUGAGGUCCGCCAUUAUUAUCUGCCAGCUGACAACAACCAAGCGGCUGCAACCCUCAGCGGCCGGCCUGCCGUCACUAAAGAGAGGAAGCUGCCGUCUCCUCACGACUAUCAGGACAGAGAGAAGCAAGAGCUGGAGCCGGGUCAGAGUUACCGCUUCAGAGUGGCGGGCCUCAAUUGCUUCAGCCAAGGAGACUUCAGCCCCGUCAGCGAGUUCAAGACGUGCCAACCCGGUUUCCCCGGAGCGCCGUCUGCAGUCAGGAUAACAAAGGCGAAUGAUUUAGUCCACAUUACAUGGGAAGCUCCUCCAUCUCCAUCAGGGCGGAUUCUGGAAUAUUCCAUGUACAUGGCGGUGAAGAAAAGCCGCUCGUCCAGCUCGGAAGGACCGGGCCAAAUGGCGUUCAUCCGAAUCUACCGCGGCGUCAAGAUGUUCUGCACCAUCGGCUCCAACCAAUUGGUCAACGCGCAUCUGGACUGCUCCGCCGCCAACCGGCCGGCGCUGGUCUUCCGCAUCGCCGCUAAGAACGAGCAGGGCUACGGCCCGGCGACGCAGAUCCGCUGGAUUCAAGAUGCGUUUAAACUGCGAGCUGGAUCCAAGUCGGACGGCGGCGCCGCGGAUGACUUUGACGCUGCCGACAGCUCCGGUUGAAACUGAACGACCUGGCAAUCAAGUGUAUUUUGUGUAUAAAAUUGAAGGUUGUAGUUUUGGUAAUUUAUGUAUUUAAAUACCCUGUUGAUAUAUUUUUAAAAAGAAGACUCUAAUUCAUAGCUUCACUCAAAUUUUUUUUUUGUAACAUGGACUAAUAAGCAAUAUUUUAUUUUUUAUUAUUAAUCAAAUCCAAGUACCAAGAGUUGUUUUUACAGCCGGCUUAGUGAUAUUUUUUUUUGGCCCACUUUCUAUCAUUUUUUUGUAAUAAAUCUGUUUACAAUGAUUCCCUGUAAAUUUGGAGACUUGCUGUUGUGCACAUUAUGUUUCAACAAUCGAAUUUUUUUCCAUUAAACCUCUUUUGGUGUUUUA